GCCAGUUCUUAAGAGCUGUGAUGGCCAGUCACCAAGCAGAAGUUCAGAGUUUGAAGCUAGAUAAUGAUUCAGUUAUAGAAGGAAUAAGUGACCAGGUACUGGUGGCAGUUGUGCUCAGUUUCACUUUCAUUGCUGCUCUGGUAUAUACGCUUUUAAGAAAUGAACAUCAGAACAUACACCCAGAAAAUCAAGAGCUAGUGCGAGCUCUUCGUCAGCAGCUUCAAACUGAGCAGCAGGAUGCUUCUGCUGGUGAUAGACAUCGCUUCUAUACAGAUAUGUCCUGUCCAGUCUGUUUGCAACAGGCUACAUUUCCUAUAGAAACAAACUGUGGACAUCUCUUCUGUGGUUCCUGCAUUAUUGCCUACUGGAGGUAUGGCUCAUGGCUUGGUGCCAUCCGUUGUCCUAUCUGCAGACAAACGGUAACAUUGUUUUUACCACUCUUUGGUGAAGAUCAACAGGAUGCAACCCAAGUAUUUCAAGAUGUUAAUGAUUACAAUCGGAGAUUCUCGGGACAGCCCAGAUCUAUUAUGGAAAGAAUUAUGGAUCUGCCCACUUUAUUGCGGCAUGCUUUCAGGGAGAUGUUUUCUGUUGGGGGCCUCUUCUGGAUGUUUCGCAUCAGAAUAUUCCUCUGCUUGCUUGGAGCCUUGCUCUACCUGGCUUCACCUCUGGAUUUUCUUCCUGAAGCCCUCUUUGGAAUUCUGGGGUUCUUGGAUGAUUUCUUUGUCAUUUUUCUUCUACUGAUAUAUAUCUCUAUCAUGUAUCGAGAAGUGGUAACACAGCGGCUGAAUAGAUGAAAUGGAUGAAAAUGACCCAAAUGCAGAGGCAGUUGUGGAAUGUUUUAAAAAGAGAACUAUGACAUAAGUAUGAUAUGGCAAGGUGCCUGUGUACAGUUUCAGUAGUUACAAUUUCAUAGCUGGUCAUCUUAUACAACUAUGAAGGGUUAGUAUGUGGUGACGCUUAACUGGAAUCUUUAACUUGUGUAUUACAUACACUUCAUAGGGAUGAGGUUAGUUUUAUAAUGUAAUAAACUACCUUCAUCUACUUCCACCUGAUGAACAACUGUAUGUAAUCAAAGCAGAAAACACCUUUUUUGGUGUGUGGUUUGUGAAAAAGGAAUUCUAGUAGAAGACUAGAAGACUUCUAACAAAAAAUCUGUUUGGGUAAUCUAGACAUGUGUAAGGAAAUUCAGAAAUUCUUCAAGUACAGUUAGCAUGGCUAAAUUGUUUAUUGUGUCCCUGAUGUGGGCUAGAGUUUUUUAAAAUAAAAGUAGCUUUGUGUGUCUCUGUGGAAGAAGAAACCCCAGAACCACAUUACAAUUAUCACCCUGCAGUUUGCUGUUGUCCACAUGCUUCACAAAAACAAGGAGAACACCUCAGUGUUGCUUGAACUGCAGUAUGUGCGGUUGCAUGCAAUUUGUACAAUUUUAUUUUUAUAUUUGGGAAUAUACACACAGUACCUGAUCUAGAUAGAGAAACCAAUAUUUUACACACCAGACUGUUUAGUGCUCUAUUUUUAAAUGGAAGCAUGUUUUUUCUCUCAAGACUUGUUUAUUUGGUAGGUAUGUAUCUUGGAAGCAGGAGUUUUAUGCUGCUUUGGGUCAAUGCAAUGUAUCUGAAGUGAGAGUUUGCAUUCCUUUAGUUGCAUUGAAGCAUUUAGCCAAUAGAGAGAACCCUCAAAUUUUAGAUAGUUGUUGAAGAAAGAAGUCAGAACUGGAUGUUUACACUG